GGAAGCCAAGAAAAAAAAUCUUGUCAACUGAAGUGCACGUAGGUAAGCUCGUGCGUUGGAUUUUGUCGUCUUUUGUAGGCUACAGUCAGACCUGUUCACGACGGAAGAAUCAAAAUGGGGUGCUUCUUUUCGAAGAAAUCCAAAAGAAAGUCGUCAGAUAAAGAUGAUCGUACGCCAACAACAACGACUGUCGAAACUACGACUACAAGUAACGCGGUUCCCCUUGGCAACAACACCGACGAGGCACCGAAGCAAUACAGCUGGGAUAAGAGAGAGAAGGUUGACCCCAAGGACUACAUGCUGACAGGGCUCAAAGAUGUCACAGUGGGCCGUCUUCCUGGCAAACUGAAUGGACAACAGUUCGUCAUACAAGAAUGUGAGAACUGCAACAUCUACGUGUUUGACCACUCUGCAACCAUCACCAUCGAUGACUGUGUCAACUGCCGCAUUGUUCUGGGACCCAUAAAGGGAAGUGUUUUUUUCAGAGACUGUAAAGACAUUAAGUGUGUGGUGGCCUGUCAGCAGUUUCGUACGCGGGACUGUAAAAAGAUGGAGGUGUUCCUGUGCUGUGCCACUCAGCCCAUCAUCGAGUCGUCCACAGGGAUGAAGUUCGGCUGCUUUCAGUACUUCUACCCUGAGCUGGCCUUCCACUUUAAGGAUGCUGGACUAAGUAUUUUCAACAACAACUGGAGCAACAUCCAUGACUUCACACCAGUGUCGGGAGAGAAUAACUGGAGCUUGUUGCCGGAGACCUCUGUGGUUUUGGAUUUUGUUCCAGCACCAGACCCCGAAUCUGAGUUCAAGUCAGUUCGGAUCUCUACUGAUCCUUCACGGAGCAUUGUCCCUUUGACGAAAGGAGGGAGGCGUAAAGAAAGUGAAGAGUCCUGUCUUUUUGUUUUCUUUGCUGGAGAAUACACCACUGCAAAUGCCCGCAAACUGAUUGAUGAGGCAACUGCCAAAGGUUUUGUGCUAAUCCAGACAAAGGAGGUCUCCAUGCGGCCUGAAGACGUGAAGAGAGUGUUUCAGAAUAACGCAGAAGAUCUCGUGGAGUGGAUCACCAAAGGUCCUGUCAUCGCCCUCGAGCUGAACGGUGACGGAGUCGUGGAAGCCUGCAAGAACAUUGCCAACGAUGUGUUCAGUGGAACCAAGGUUUUCGUCUCUGACAACAAAAACACAUCCUCCCGAGAUGUAGACAACUUCUUCAACUUUGCUGACAUGCAGAUGGGCUUGUAAACGAUUAGCUGUGAACACUGCUCGUCUGAACUGGUAGAGAUUUUUCACACCAACCCUCCUGCUGUCCAGCUCGGACUGAAUACGGUUUAUUUGCCUCAUUUUGACCUUAAAUAAAAAUGUCCAGGAAUGGAAAUUGUUACAGACUGUUUGAAGCCUGGAAUCAAACAAUAACCAUGAAUCUGCAGAGGAAAAGUCAUUCCCCUUUUAUUCAGAAUUAUUUGCUGUAAACCACUAAAACAGUCGUCGCACAGAGUGCUGUGAAUAUUUAUAUUUCUAUGAAUGUAUUUUGCUAAUUCUUAUGUCCUUGCUGUCAAUGAAUUUUUAUUUAAAUUAUUUUUUUUUUUCAUGACUGUGGGAGCAAAAAAAAAGCAUAAGCACAAGGAUGCCUGAGGGAUUAUUUUAUAUAUAAAAUUCUUAUAAAGACUUGUUUGUGUAUGUGGUUUAGAUAAUUUACAUUUUCUGUAUAAUUAUGUAUAUUUGAAACAUGUUGCGUAGGUGAUGACGACUUCUUUCUUGUUAUUUUUUUAGGCCAAAGUCAGAUUGUGAAAGGUUGAGUGCAUCUUACUGUGAGCUCCAAUCAAGUGAUAUGUUUUCACAAAAUUAGUCAAACAUGUAAUAUGGCUGGGUUUUUGACUUUGUGAUAAUUUCUUAAAACAAUUGUAGUGUUUUAUACUCUAAUGAAUGUCUUUAGAAAUUUAUAUCCAUUCAAAUUUUUAUGUAAGUGUAAUUUAGUGUAAUAUUUUGUACUCUUAAAAAUAUAGUGACUGAAAGAAAGUUGCAUGAAACUUGAGCCGAUCACAAUAUAACAACCACAAUAUAAUAAUCAUCCUGAGUUAAAAUUGUGUCCAUGGUUGCUGUCACCAGAAUAACCACCUACUUUUGAGGCUGACCUUUAUUCAUAAACAGAAUCUAUUUAUUGAGAAACAGUCAUCAGGGUGGGGGAAGCAUUUAGUUUCCUCUUUGUAACCUCAGCUUGUUCUUCUUUACUUAACAGCCUUGAAAGUUUAGUUCAAGUUUUUGAAAAAGCUAUAAAAAGCCAAAAACAUGUCUGAAUUUGUAUUUAAUCGCAAUCCAUAGUCAAAUGUCUCAUAAAUAACUCACAGCUAUCAUUAAUCAGAUCAGUGAACUGCUCUUGGUAAUAAUGUAGAAAUACAUUUUAUCAUUGGUUAGUAUUUUUCGGUAGUGUGAAUCAUGUUGAGCUGAACUGGGGGAAUUCACUCAAAUUGUUCCAUCCUCUUUGAUCAUUCGCCAUUCACUUCCACUCAAAAACAAUUCAACUUGUAGGUAAUUGUUUCAGUCCACAUAUAGCUUCUUAAUUUCACCCACACACAGACAAAAAGAAAAUCCAUCCAGCAUAUUGAAGAUUUUGUUAAAACUGAAUCAAGUCUAAUGUGUCAGUUUUGUACAGUUGCCUUUGAAAAAAAAAAAAAACAUAUGGACUUCUUGUGAUGUACACUUGUAUUUGUAAACUUUU